AUGGUUCCUGUUUUUGUAAGAUAUUUAGGCUGCUUAGUCUUAUUAAUGUUUUUACCUCAAACACAUUCAUUAUUUCAACGUGAAAAGUAUACAACAAGUGCGCUUUAUCUUUUAAAAGACGUUGGCUUAGGAGAUAUAUCUGGGACAGUAGCGGCUUUUGCAGAUUUCAAUUCUGAUAAAUAUACAGAUCUAUUUGUAUUAAGUUCAGAUCAAAGGUCUUUAAGUGUCUAUUUAUGGGAUCAUGCGGAUUAUAAAUUUAAUAUAUCACCUUCGGCAAAUAUAACAAUAUCACCAAAUGAGGAAAAUAGUUUUAUAAUUACAAACAUAUUACCUGGAGAUUAUGACUAUGACGGAAAUUUGGAUAUUUUAGUUAUGGGACAAACUAAUCCAUCAAGUAACGAUAGAAAAAAAGAGCCGCUUUUUAUGAGAGUAUACUUUGGAUAUGGGAAUGACACAUUUAAUCCUAACUUUAUUAAUGUACCAUCAGCUACAUAUCAACAACCCAUUCCAUUUGAUUUUGAUGGUGAUAUGAAAAUUGAUUUAAUAGGACAUAGCUUUGAUAAAGGUGUAAACGAACUUUCGAUAUGGCAAAAUAUAUAUAAUAAUGGAACAACAGACUUAUUUCAAGUGAAGCCAUUACCUUUGCAACCUGCUUCAGAUGUUCCACCUUGUAUAUUGUCAGAACCACAUUCUAAUGCUUUCAUUGAUCUUAAUGGUGAUUGCAGAUCAGAUUUGUUCCUUACUUGUCAAGACACUUCUGGAAAAAUAUCAUAUCAAAUAUGGACGAGCACAAUUAAUGGAUAUGUGUUUAGCAAAUUUGGCGAUUUACCGCAAGGCGUUGGUCAAAUAUCAUUUGCGGAUAUGGAUGGUGAUGGAACAUUAGAUAUGGUGUUUCCAGUAUGUAACAAUGGAUGCAAGAUUCAUGUAGCAUAUAAUAAUCAAAUACCACUUUGCGAAAACAAAAAUUCUAAAAAUUGUAGAAAGGUAUCAGAAUUAUGUAUAGCCGAUGAUAAUUUCAGCUUUGAUAUGACAACGGAUGCGUCAAAUAGUAAUUAUGUCGUUUUAGAUCUUCAGGACGAGCUGCCAACUGGAGAAGAUAUUGUAUUACUGGAUCCGGAUUUUAAUGGAAUUCUACCUGUUUCUCUUCGUAUUGGCGAUUAUAAUCUUGAUGGAUAUCCAGAUUUACUUGUGGUCACCUCAAACGGUAAAGAAUCACAUGUAACGCUGCUAGAGUCAAUUUUAUGUACAACCCGCAAGUGUCAUGGUUUAGCGGCUGCAUCCCAGAGAAGAACAUUUGUCAAAGUUAAUGAUGGUGCUCAACCUCUUUAUAAUAUCAAAACUGCCAAAAAUGCAGCUUUUCUUGACCUUGAUGAAGAUGGAACGAUGGAUAUUAUGGUAUUCACAGCUACUCAUGAUAAAACAGCGGCAAGAGAUAUACAAAUGAUACACAACAAUUAUUUUAAUGAUGCAUUCUUCCUUAAGACCCUAGUAUUAAACGGAGUGGGACACAAACAGAAUUUUGGAGUAAAUUAUCCUGGUGCAGAAUUUAAAUUCACUGUGCUUGAUACAUCUGGAAGGAAAAGAGCCAACCAAGUUGCACAAUAUUCACAGAGUGGAUAUUUAUCAUUACAAACACCUUAUUCGCUUUUUGGACUUGGUCGUACAAAUAAUUACGUCGAAGAAUUAUUCGUAGGAGUUUCAAGAAAUCAGAGUUCAUAUUAUACCAGUUUAGCAGGAGUAAUACCUAAUUCACAACUUAUCAUCGUUCCUUAUCAACCCGAAGGAGUUGAUAAUCCAACCUCAUGGUCAAUCGAAUUAUAUAUUCAUCCGGGUGAUUGGGUACCAUGGGUACUAAUGAUUUUAAUUAUUGUGACGAUAAUUUUAGCCAUCGUUGUAUUCAUUUUGAAUUAUAUAGAAAAGAGAGAAGAUGAAUAUGAGAAAAGAAAAGCUUCAAGAUUUAUUAAUUUUGAUGCCUUGGAAAAAGACAAAGAGAUAGUGAAAAAGGCCGCGGUUCGCGGAAAAAUUAAGUUGGUUGAUUAUGUUACUUGUUUAUACGCUAUUAGGGUGAUUAAUUAUGAUGAGGAUGAAAAUGAGAUAAAAAUAAAAGCGGUCAAGAGGUUUCCUGACUUGAUGGGGUUUUACAAAAAAAAGAAUGAAGCUAAUGAAGAAUUAGAGAAAAUUAAAUCGAACAGAGAGUUGAUAAAUCAAUGUCAGUACGAAAUUGAAACACAAGAGGAUGACGUGGAAAAUAUAUUGUUAAUUGGGCGAACGGGUGGCGGUAAAUCUACUUUGGCUAAUGUAAUCAGCAAUACAGAUGAAUUUGGGGAGAGCGGAAGUUCAGUCAGUAAAACCAAAAGAUUUCAAACAAAAGACUUUACGUGGAAUAGAACGAAAUACCGUAUUGUGGAUACUAUCGGGGUUGGUGAUACCAAAAAAACCGAAGAGGAAGUUUUAUAUAUGAUCGGGGAAGCUGUCCACUCAAUGAAGAAGGGAAUAAAACAAGUAUUUGUGAUCAUAGGAGGAAGAUUUACCAAAGAAGAAGUGGAAACUUUUGAUUUACUCCAAAAAGCUAUAUUUGAGAGUGGCAUUACUAAAUACACUACAAUUGUCAGAACAAGAUUUGAAGAUUUCGAAAAUCCAGAAGAAUGUAAUAAAGGUAAAGAAAAUUUAAAGAAAGAGAAUGAAAAUAUUUCUAAAUUGGUUAAGUCUUGUAAUGAUAUUGUCUAUGUAAAUAAUCCUCCUCUAAGUAAAAGAAGAUUAGAGGAUAAUAAAAAAGACAGAGAAAGUUCUCGAAAAAUAUUACUGGAGUAUUUAAAUUAUUGCGGGGACAAUUACAAAGUGGAUAAUUGGGAUAAUAUAUGCGUUAGAGUUAAUGAUUUUAUGAAUGUUAAAAACUUAAAAGUGAAAGAAUACGAAGACAUUGCAAGAGCGAGUAGUUUAAACGUUAUAACUGAAAAUAGGAUAAAAAGGGAGAUAAAAGAGAUGGAAAAAAGAGUCAUUGAAGAAGUGAAAGAAGUAAGGAAUCAGUCAAGAGAAACAGAGGUCCAUGCUAGAGUAAAAAUUCCUUUAUUGGCUGAUAUAGAGCUGUUAACAAAAGUAAAAGGUUGCUCGAUUACCUAG